CGUGUUUCACACCGCAUAAUCUACAGUACCCCUAAAAAGCGCUGUGAUCGAUUAGCUCCAUCGAUCAUCCAGACUUAAAUUCACGGCUCACUCAUUUGACUGAUUAUCAUUUGAACCACUAUCUACAAAUAACAAUGACCAACAUUACCACCACCACUACAGCCCCUGUCGCAGUCUCCAUCAAACCCACCAUGAACUCCCAACCCGAGGACGCCCCUCUCUUCUCGACCUCCUUGAUCUCUCCUGAAGUGGUCGCUGUUCUUCCAGAGGGAUACACUAUCCGUCCCGUUCGCCGUUCCGACUACAAGCGUGGUUUCCUUGAUGUCCUCCGUGUGUUGACCACCGUCGGCGACAUCACUGAGGAGCAAUGGAGCCAGCGGUUUGACUGGAUCUCUGCCCGUAAUGACGAGUAUUACCUGCUUGUCAUUUGCGAUAACAUGGACCGUGUUGUCGGUACCGGCAGUUUGCUUGUUGAGCGGAAGUUCAUCCACUCUCUUGGCAUGGUUGGGCACAUCGAAGAUAUUGCCGUUGAUCAGUCGCAGCAGGGAAAGAAGUUGGGCUUGAGGCUCAUCCAGGCUUUGGACUACGUGGCUGCUAAUGUCGGUUGCUACAAGAGCAUCCUUGAUUGCUCCGAACACAACGAGGGCUUCUACCUCAAGUGUGGCUUUAAGCGUGCCGGCCUGGAAAUGGCCCACUACUACUAGAAUUAAGUUUUGCGGUUAAGGGACUGAAAUAAACUGGCGUUGAGAUAAAU